UGCGUUAUAAAGGAACAUUUUAAGAAAAAGUGAUUAUUUACAUAGAGGUCUACUUUGCAAAUUUUUUGCAUUGCACAGCUUAACGAAGGUUUAUAAACAAAAUGAGCAUCUCCUUGGCCGGAAAAAUUGAAUUUAGACAAUUAUGCAAUGUCUUGGAAGAAGUUACCAAAGCACCUAUUGCGAAGAAAGCUGAUGUCUUAGAGACAUUCAUCCGGCAUUGUCGUCAUGUUAGUGGCGAAUUGAAGACACAAGAUCCUAAUGCGGAUGUUUCGAUCUUCCCCAUAUUCAGAUUGAUUUUACCUCGACUGGAACGUGAACGUGGUCCUACUAAUCUAAAAGAGAAAUCUCUUGCUACUCUUUAUGUUCGUGUAUUUUGUUUGGGUAAAGGCAGUAAGGAUGCAAUAAAACUUUUAGAAUACAAAGUUCCAAGAACAGGAAAGGCAGGGCAUGAUUUUGGAGAAAUAGCUUAUUGGACUUUACGAAAACGCUUCAAAAGUGAAACUUCAGAUCUUACUAUAAAACAUAUUAAUGCAUUUAUUGAUAAUAUAUCAUCGAAAAACGAGAGUCUUGCGCAAAAAGAUGAAACUUUUAAAAUUUUGUUAGGAAAAAUCAGUGCAUUAGAGUUUAAAUGGAUAACGCGAAUAAUUCUUAAAGAUUUAAAACUUAAUAUUGGAGAAAAGAAAAUACUGGCAGUUAUUCAUCCAGAUGCAAAUUCAGCACUUGAUGUGUCAAAUUUGCACCAAGUUUGUGACACAUUGUUUAAUAAUCAGUUGAGGCACCAUUAUGAUAUCAAAGUAUUCUCACAUUUUCGACCUAUGCUGUUAGAGAAAUGUAAAAUUGAGGAUACAAUGAAACUUUUUGUCAGAGGUGAACAAUAUUUUGUUCAAUAUAAAUAUGAUGGUGAACGAUCUCAGAUGCACAUGAAAGAUGGUAGAUAUAAAUAUUUUACAAGACAAGGAUUCGAAAUUACAAAUAAACCUGGUUAUGGAGAAACUAGUUCUUCAGGUUUUAUGAGCAGUGUAUUUAGUCGACUAUUAAACUCUCAAUGUAAAUCAAUAAUCUUAGACGGGGAAUUAAUGGGUUGGCAUAAAGAAAAGAAAUUGUUGGGUUCAAAGGCAAUGAAUUUUGAUGUUAAAAAUUUAUCAAGUAGUAGUCAUCAUCAGCCAUGUUUUAUUGCAUAUGAUAUCAUUAUGUACAAUGAUGUAUUGCUUCAUAACGAGCCUUAUGAGAAAAGGCUGGACAUUUUAAAAAAGGCAUUUAACGAAGAAGAAGGUUCUCUUAUGAUGUGCGAAGUCAAUAAAAUUUCUACAAGUGAGGAAUUAUGCCGGUUAUUCAAUGAGAGUAUGAAAAAAAAAGAAGAAGGGCUAGUAGUAAAAAAAUGUGACAUUAAAUAUAAACCAAAUGUACGAGGUGGUAGUGGUUGUUAUAAAAUAAAAGCAGAGUAUUCAGAAAAUUUAGUGAAGGAUGUCGAUUUGAUUAUCCUUGGCGGAUAUUAUGGGGAGGGAAAAUUCAUGGAUUUGAUAAAGAGUUUUCUGGUGGGUGUAGCUAAGCCAUCAGAUAUUCCAGGAGAAAAUCCAACAGUAUUUCUAUCAGUUGUAAAGGUAAGUAAUGGAUUUUCCAUGGAUGAAUUAAGGGAUCUUUGGAAUAAGUUUCAAGAUAAAUGGAAAACAGAAUGCCCAGCAAACGUGGUUCCACCUAGGCUGGAUAAACCACGUUUGUGGGUUACUCCCGAAGAAUCUAUAAUUGUUACAGUAAGGGCAUCUGAGAUGAUAAAAAGUAAUGAUUAUCCAACAGGAUAUAGUUUAAGAUUCCCACGAGCCACAAGCAUUAGAACUGACAAGCCAUGGUACAAUGUAUGCACCACUGUAGAAUUGUUAUCGUUCGUUAAAGAUUCGCGACCAGUUCAAAAACUAACGAAACGAGAUGCAGACCAUGAUGAUAUAGAAGAUACUUCUGAAGCGAAAAUGCGCAAGACAACAAAACCACGUUCUCUCAGAUUUGACAAUAUACCACCGAGGCAUAAUAUCUAUGAAAAUCCACCUGUUUAUCUGACAAGACUUUUAGAUGGUAAAGAAAUUUGUGUAAUAAAUGGAGAUAUCGAGUUUCCCAAAGAACGCAUCGAAGAAAUUCUAUGGCAACAUAGAGCAAAAAUUGUACAAAACCCGUUAAAUGAAACUUAUUGCAUCAUUGUUGGUAAAGCUAAAACCGCGAGGGCGAACAGUAUUAUACAAAGCAAUAAAUACGACGUGGUAACAAUAGAUUGGUUCAAGCGCACUGUUAAAGAAGAAAACUGGUCCUCAUUAAAUGACUUUCUUCCAUGGGAUCUAAUAACUUGUUGUAAAUCAACAAAGCAUCGGUUAGCACAGUAUUACGACGAUUAUUAUGACAAUUUCUUUGAAAAUGCAACCGAAGAAGGUUUAACACGUUCAUUAGAAAAAGCUUCAGAAGAGGCACAGAUUAUGAAGCUCGAUCUUGCACAAAUGAAUGAGUUAGACGAAGAGUUGUUCGACCAUGGAAUUUCACCUUACUCCAUGUUUAGGAGGAUGGUGGGAUAUUUCAAUGAUUCAUCAGACUUGACCAAAUAUGGAUUUUGUUUUUUAGCUGGCACUGUUAAAGAAACCCUUGACAAUUCUGUAACGCACAUAUUCAUUAAUGGGAAUUCUAUCAGUUCCGAACUAAAAAGUUUAAUAGACAAUGAAUUACAGAAACACGUAAUAGUUAUCAGAAGCGGAUGGAUUGAAGAAUGUUUUAAUCAAAAUAAACUUAUUCCAGAGGAGGAAUAUCUGCUCUAACAAAACAGUGAUAUAGAACGAAGUAUGAGAAAAGUACAAUAUGUAAUAUUAUCCGCUUUAAACUAUUCGACUGGUGCCUAUUUCACACUAUUAACAUGUGACUUUGUUUCAUUGUUAAUAGUUUACGAUAAGACACCAUCUACGCUUACUGUAAGUUUAUAUCUCUUCUGAAAGUUAUAAUAUUGUUGGAAAAUUGUAUAUACUAUUUAUGAAACUGAACAGAAAGAUAAGUAUUGAACAACGCGAAUAAUGAAAUUCCAUAAACGCGUUAAAGUUACGUCUACAAUAUUGGCUGCUAGUUCGGUCUACUAUUUAUUUUAGUUGUAUGAAGCAAUUUAAAUAUUUGUAAAUAAAUAAACGACAUACAGCAGAAAGUAUAGUUUUGAAAUCGUUUGUAAAGAGUGUGGUAGUGUUACGUUAAGUCUAUUUGUAACAUGGAUACCGAAAAUAUAUAGAUUCAUUUUGGCUCAUA